ACACACACACACACACACACACACACACACACACACACACACACACACACACACACACACACACACACCGACGCGUCGAAGCGUCUGUGCUGCUGUCGGUAAUAACGGAGACCGUGUGUUCACCAUGUCGGAAGAAUUCAGACCAGAGCUUCUAUCCGAGGUCAAAACCGGAACGACGAUCAUCGCCAUCGAAUUUAACAGAGGUGUUGUUCUGGGCUCUGACUCGCGAGUUUCUGCUGGGGCGACGGUGGUGAACCGGGUGAUGAACAAACUGUCCCCCCUCCACGACAAGAUCUACUGCGCUCUGUCCGGAUCAGCCGCGGACGCGCAAACCAUCGCCGAGAUCGUCAACUAUCAACUGGAUGUGCACAGUACCGAGAUUGGUGAGGAUCCACGGGUUCGUUCAGCUGCCAGUUUGGUGAGAAAUAUCUCCUACAAAUACAAGGAGGAGCUAUCUGCACAUCUCAUUGUGGCCGGAUGGGACAAAAAAGAAGGAGGACAGGUGUUUGCGACCCUGAACGGUCUCCUGACGAGGCAGCCGUUUGCAGUCGGCGGUUCUGGCAGUUCUUAUGUUUACGGGUUUGUUGACGCUGAGUAUCGCAGAGGCAUGAGCAGGGAGGAGUGUCAGCAGUUUGUCACCAACACUCUGUCUUUGGCCAUGAACCGGGACGGUUCCAGUGGGGGCGUGGCCUACCUGGUCACCAUUGAUGAAAAUACCACCGAGGAGAAAGUCAUUCUGGGAAAUGACUUGCCGGCCUUCUUUGAUCAGUGAUGGGUGUUCUUUGAUGUGGAGAGAGCCGGUGAUGUUCAUAGAGUUUUUGUUUUUGCUCAUUGUUGCCGUAGCGACACAUCUUUUGGUUCCGCUGCCAAGGGCUUGUCAACUGUUAAAUAAGAAUAGUUUUAAUUAGCCAGAUAAAGUAGACUCUGUAUAAAGGACUUUUUAAAAAAUUCUAUCAGAAAUCUUUUGUGUGUUUGUGUAAUUUAAAAUAUUUUCACGCUUCAGAUCAAGGUGGUGGUUCACCAUUUAGAGACUUUAACAUAUAAAUCCUACUUUAAGUGACGUUUACUAAGAUGCCAAAAGAAACUGAACUGAACACCUGCUAAACUUAGUCCCUGUGUAAUCUUGAGCAGUGAGCUUGGAUUAGAUCCACAGCAUCACGUGAAGAUUUUUAAAUAUAACGCAAUGCUAAAAUACCCUCGGCCAUAUGAGUAUUGUGUUCUUUAUAAUUUGUAGUUGUUUAAUUAAUUAUUAAGAUAAUUUUGUCUUAUGUACAGUUUGUACAUGUUCUAAUCAAAUCAUCAUUUGUUCAUGUUGUGAAAAUCAAGGGAUAUUUGUAGAUCUCCCUCUCUGCAUUUGCAGUUAUUAAUGAGACAAAUUUAACUGCAUAGGAUGUUAGCUUUGAGUUAGCGAAAAUUAGUGUGCAAGCUAACGUCCACAAAAUGUCUUGUAAAUGACUCCAAAGGUGUUAUCAGGUCACAAAAACAGCAUUUUCUGUUUUAGAACUGUUUAUUUCUCGCUAGCUUUUACAUAAUAUACCAGAAACGAAGCCGUUAGCAAGUGAUGUCACCAUGCUAACCUACGCAAACUGUCUUGUGACAUUUAGAGGUGUUAUUCGAUUCCAAAAAUAGCAUUUUCUGUUUUAGAAGUGUUUAUUUCUCACUAGCUCUUACAUAGCAUAUGAGAAACAUGUAUAUAAACACACAAAAUGAAGCAGUUUUGAUGAGAGCAGUGGCUGACAUCACGGUGCAGCUCUACUCUGAUUGGCUGUUACCCGUGUCACUCAAACACAGUAGGGAUCAGAUUGAAACGGAAUGCGACUUUUUAACCUCUUAAAAUACAUCAAGGUUAGCCAUCUUUGAACUUGUCCAAGGUCCGUGUCCCAAGAAUGUUCCCUUUGAAUUUCAAGUGUCUGGCAGUAAUAUAACUGGACUUAUGCUGAGCACAGACAGACAGACGGACAAAAAGCCUUCGCAAUACCCGAUUGCGAUAUUUGAUGGCCAUCGGGUAAAAAUUACUUUUCAACACAAGACAAUUGGACAAUUCUUUUCCUCUGACUGAAAGCACUGCGAAAAACAUACAUUUGUCAGAAGAUUUAUAGUUAUUAUAUAAUCACGUCUUUGCUUGAUGUUACGUGUUUGUUUGUCUGUCCAGCACGGGCACAUCAUAAAACACAUCAACAUAGAUCAAGAAUCUGAAGUCCCAGCAGCAUGUCUGAGGACUCUGAGGUCAAGGUUAAAUCUGGGGAAAUAAUCCUUUCACUACAUUACCUCAAACUCUGUGAAAGUAAUUUACAUGGACCCAAAAUCAUAUCAAAGAGCACAUAUUUGACCUUUGACCUUGACCUUUAAAACUGGAAAACACACACACCAAAAGGUUUCUUACCCAUAAUUGUGGUGGAGGGAACAACAAAAUCUAAAGUAGGAAACCUAUAACUCUUUCAUAAUGACCUGCUUUCUCUGAGGUCAAGAUCAAAAGGAAGGUCUCCCCAAAAAAGGCAAAAAAAAACAAAAACAAAAAAUGUUUUUAUUGUAACUUGGUGUUUAACUAAGCCUCCAAAAACAGUAGGGCACAAAUGGCAGUUUAGUAUCACAGGGAAAAAGUUUCACAGGAAAAAAAUCCACACCCUUUUUUUUGUGUAGUUGUCAACUUUUAUAAACAACCAACAGUGGCCGUAGUAACCAUUAGCCUCUUCUUCUUCAUAUUUAAAGUAAUAUAUAAAAUAAUAACUGCAAAUUAUAUAAUGAUAAAAGAUCUCAAUAUGGCUCAAAAUAGGAGGUUUACGGCUCCUCAUCUGUAUCUAUUAGAAGCCAAAAUUUUAAAGCUGAAUUUAUAGUUUUUACAGAGUUACUGACAAUUAGGAGGCCCCACUAACUCACUGACUGACUCACUGACUGAGUCCAUCCCAGCAAAUACACUACGUAAAUGUAAAGUUGUGUUUUGGUUAAGGUUUAUCAUUGCUGCUACAUAGUUUCGUAGAGUUUACAGAGGUUACCACAAUGUUGUAUUUUUAUAUUAUACCCCGACAUUCACAGCAAACAGUUCUACGCUGUUAUAUCGUCAUCGCAACAUCACUUCUUAGUAAUGAUGACGUUCAUGAGUUUCAAGGUAAAUAAACAUAUACGAGUAUGACUUGGAUAAAACCCGACCCUACUGAAGAUUUUCAAGGAACAUAUCGGUUCCACUUAUCUGACAAUGUUGCUGCAACAUUCCUGGGACUCUUUCAAAUUAUGUAGCAACGUCACUUUCUAACAUUAUCAUAUAUACAAUUUUGUGGCAACUUCUGUAAACUCAGUGUUGUAGCAGUGUAAAUUUGUUCGUUGGGAUUAGGUUUAUGCUUUCCUUGGUUUUCCCUGAGGGGGAUCACAGCAAGUAAGAUGUCCACUAAUCACCCACAUGCCUGAUUUUUCAAUUAGAAACACUGCAUUCUGAUUGCUUUCAUUAAAAAUAAGUGUGAGUAGUGAAUCAUAAUGAGUCCCUAUAAUGUGAACCUUGAAUGAAAAUAAAAAAAUGUUUUGAAAUAUUUGUAUUUCAUUUGUUGUCUAGUAAAAAUCUAUUUUUA